UGCGUCAGAGUUAUACUUUAAAAAGAAUCUUUCCUUUCAGAUUUUUCUUUUUAAACAUAACUGAACAAGUCAGACACUUACCGUCACCGCUCGGUGACGCAGCUAAUACGUCAUCUAAAGCGUCAGUGAACGCGCCGCGCGCGCGUGGUGCUGUCAUUUCUCGCUGCCGGUCGACCUUAUUUACAGUUUCCAAUUCACAUUAUCAGUCUCGGUCUGUAGUCCUCUGCUAAUACCCGCGCUUACAGUGAGUGUCCAGAGUGGAGGACCUUGCCAGGGCUUGUGUGCAACUUUGCACACAUCCUUCAAUUUGUCCACAAGGAAUUCUCAUCAGCAGUGACCACAUCCUUGCCAACUGUGGACGUACUCAACCACUUGUCUACCUCAAUCCUCCCAGGCUCACGUAACGCUGCUGCAUCAGCUGUGAAGCCUGCACUUGUGAACCAGAAAGUGACAUAAAUAUGGAUGAUUCAGCAAUUUCUUGAUGUCCUUGAAAGAGUGAGAGUGGCACCACAUUAUGCAUUCAGUCCAGGAGGGGAUGUGGGACCCCCAGCCACCGUCUAAACAUGGCUCACCUCUCCCCCCUCAGCUCCCCUCUCACCCGCGCCUCACCCAUUUGAGAUCAGCCACCCCAGCUAAACGGAUCACCUUCUACAAAAGCGGCGAUAGUCAGUUUGGGGGCGUCAAGAUGGCCAUACACAAGCGCAGCUUUAAAUGCUUUGAUGCGCUGCUCGAUGACCUUUCCCAAAAGGUUCCACUGCCAUUUGGGGUGCGGACCGUGACCACCCCCCACGGCACCACCAAGAUCAAACACUUGGAGCAACUCGAAGAUGGUGCCUGCUAUCUGUGCUCUGACCGGAGGCAAGUCAAGCCUAUAGACAUGGAGUUGGCCAGUAAACGACAGAAUAUUUGGUUCCAUAAUAACCGGAGGUCUCAGCGACCCAAUUCUGCAUGGGCGACACCUCCUGGUCAUCCACCUCACAGGCAAAGACGGAUCCUGCUGUUGAAGAACACAGAGCCAUGGAACAGGAGGACUGUCGUACUUAGCAGAAAGUUGACCAGGAGUCUGAGGGCUUUUUUGGAUGAGGCAUCAGAGUUGCUUCAAUUUCAUGUCCGGAAACUUUACACUGCCGAAGGGCGCAAGAUUGACAGCAUUCAAAGCUUGGUGACUUGUCCGGGUGUUCUGGUGUGUGUUGGUCGGGAGCCAUUCAGUCCAACAGUGGUGAACGUUCUCAGGAAGAGUUCUGAGGAAAAGCUGGGACUGGCCAGCAAGUCCCCAGGUCUUGGUCCCAGGACUCCUGGAAACGACGCUAGAUCCCCACAGCAUGGAGCUCAGUCUGGAACCAGCGAGUACAGUGAAGGUCCUGACAUCAAGAAGAAUGUAAACUUUGGACUGGAAACCAAAAAGAGCAUCAUCCAUCCUCGAUCUGACUCAUCAAAUCGGUCUGCGCGUUUCUCUCUCUCCUCUGAGAAAUCAUAUGUCAACAGUUUGAACGCCAGACCGGCUAUCAUGAACGAUGACAUUGAAAAACGUGUCCUAGUCAACAAGGAUGGGAGUCUCUCUGUGGAGAUGAAAGUCCGCUUUCGUCUUCAAGGUGAAGAAACUCUACAGUGGUCCACACAAAUAAAAAAGACCCCGACUCUGAACAGCGACCUCUCUCUGCACGAGAACACGGCGAGUUACUUACAACAUGCCCAGUCAGGAAGCUGCUCAGAUCCUGAUUCUGUGGCGUUUGGUCCAGAUGGCAUGGAGGAAGCGAACCACUCGCGUUGCUGCUACCACAGACCGGAACGUCAUUACGACCUGUGGGAGAACCCAGUUCAUAGUCGCAAGCAACAUCCUGUCCCACCACCGCACAGCUCAAGUCGAACCAUUCUCAGACAUACUCACUCGUCCAGCUCCUCCUCAUCCUGUAACUCCAGACGAGUGGUCCGGUGCAGGGCACAGCUCACGAAUGGGAGAACCAGCCAGUUGGUCCAGAAAGAGAUGCGUGUCACCGAACAGGUGGAGCACAGAGUGGAGAUGGAGCAGAAUGGAGAUACUCAUGUGGAGGUCAGCAGCGUCAGCCGGAAUUGCAGUCACAGCAAGGUGGUGCUUGUUGAUAGCAAUGUAAGCAGUGCAUCUUCUGAAAAAGAGGAUGAAUGCAGUCAGUAUGGAGCAAGCACUUGUAACCAAGUCAUUCAGUCACUGAAGGACAACGAUGAGGAGGAGGAUUUGCCGCCCAGCGCUUCACAGUGUAGCCAUCGAAAUGAGCAAUCCCCAAUUUCACCAACAGAAAAGGAUAAUGAGCAACAAAUCUUCUCUGAAGUUAGCGGCGCCUCAAACACGUCUCCUAAAAACGACAGACUAGAUACGCAUGCAAGUUUGCAGGCUAAUGAUUCAGCACAUUCAGUUGCCUCCCUGCAAUCUGGGACGUCUGCUGUAUGUUCUAACUGUGGGGGGUGCAAACGUGGAGUCAAGCGUCCUGCCAAUAGGAAAGUUGAUGCCUGUGAAAAUGUUGCCAACGUUUCUGUGAUCUCCACGAAAUCCAAAGGAACAAAUCCAUCAAAUGAUGUCGCCUCGGUGGUGUCUGAUGGCCAUGUGAGCAGAUCGUCUGCUGCCAUUUCCACAGGGUCAAAUCCUGAGGCAGCAGAAUGUCUGGCCCCCAGUCCAACAUCAGUUCGAUCUGGGAAAUCUUGCUCUGAAGCCAAUGGGAUGGAUGGAGAAAGAAGUUCUACACCAGCUAGGUCACAGCUGUCUGCAGUCUCCAACAAGUCUCUGAAGUCAAACUGCAGUGGCAAAGCUAAACCAAGAGAGAGAAGCACUAGCCUUUUGUCAGCUAAAUCCUCAGAAGCCUCCAGCGUCGCUAAAGUUACCUCCCACAAUGCAGUGGAUCAAGAAGCAACCAAAAGUCCUCACCUUUUGGUGAAUUGUGAUGAUGAUGUGCUGACCAAAUGCAGUGAGUCAGAAAGGUCUUGCAGUCGUUGUUCCAAACGGUUAUCACCAGAUGCAACGGAGAAUGGAGAGAUAGUGGAACUUGAAAGACCCAUCAGUGCUGCGUCAAACUCGUCUGAUCAGUCCAGCAAGUCUGUUACAGCUGCGGAAAAAACACUGUCAGAUGGUGACAAAGAUAGAUGUGGACGGAGGUCUUCCACACCCUUUAGAUCCAACUGCUCUGAUAAUAACAAAGGUAACGGUAGUGUACGAGGAGUUUCCUCCUGUGCCGGGACCGUCUCUCCCAUGUCUAGCUCGUCUGUGAAAUCUUACCAUUCAAAUAAGACAAACAGCAAAAGACUCAGGUCAGCAACACCAAGCUCAAACGUGAUCACCAUUCCGACACCUGCAGUUUUUGAUGAGGACGGAAAUGAAACAACAGACCGGCCCCAGAGUACUGGCUCCAACAUUUCAGAAAAAUCUAAGGUUUCACUGGCUUUAUGUGAGAAGUCCAGUGCUAAUGGAGAGGCUGGUUCUGAAGCAGAGGAUUUGGAUCGCUGUGUUCAGGACGAUGGCGUGCUUAGAAAGCAGGGUGAGUUGCUUUCGCCCUCCAACCCCCAAAGCUUUCAUUUGUCUAAAUCACCAAACACCGGUGGAGAUUCAAGAGUGUCCAGUGUUUUGUCAGUUCACUCCACAAAGUCGAGCAGGUUCAAAUGUUCUUGCGGAACCUCACCAGCUCUUGACAAGGCUCAGAGUGAAGCAGAGUUAGGACGGGAGGAGAAUAAUCUGAACCAUAAGAGUGAUGAGGACUUUUGUUUCGAAGAAGCACCUUCGUCCCCCAAAACAAGACAGGAGUCAGUAGGCACAGACUUACCCGUAAGUCAGAACUCAUUUGGUUCUGUUUCACUGGGGUUGCCGGACGACCGGGACACUGCAGAUUCAGACAGCGGCAAGUCAAGUGUUUCGUAUCGUAGAAGAGAUAGGUCAACUCGUAAUCAAGAUGUUGACGGAAUUAGUUCUGAUGUUUCUCCUAAGUCCAAAAGAAAUGGGAGUAAAAGCCCAUCUGUUCAUGGUCGGCCUGCUGUUAUCCCGACGAUUGAAACUCCCAGAGCUGCUGAAAAUGAAGACUGUCAGGAAAACAAUGUGAAAAGAGCUGAAAGCGCAAUUUCAUUGUCAAAUAGCAGGUCUCACAAGUCAUCCUGUCGCUGCAGUGAGAAAACAGGCACAAGUGCAGGUAAAGAGACGGUUGAAACGGAGAUAAAGGUGGGCGCAUACCACCAUGCGGCAUCAGUUAAAUCACCACCAAGUGCUAAAUCAGGUCAUGCAGACAGAAGCGACGUCAACGGAGUCGAUGAGGAUGAUAGUGCACAUUCCAAGUGCUCCAGUUCUCACAAACGCCCGUCUCCUGAUAACAUGAAUUCCCCAGUGGUGAAGGACAGCAAGGAAGACUGGGGCAGCAUGCGAUCUGGAAUGAAAGAUCUAACUGGACGUGGCACUAGAACUCCCAACAGAGGGAGGACUCCCAAAGAAACCGCUCAACCCCUUGAUGAUUUGAAUGACGGCAGGAAGGAAAGUACCUCACGGCAAAGUAGGAAAUCAAAAUUGAGCAAGACUACUGAUCAGUCAGCAUUCAACAAGAGGGAAAGGAACCACCAAGAUCUGUGUGAACGCCCUGACGUCGACCUCAGCCCAGCUUGCUUGCCCAAUGCUUCCCCAAGCGAAGUUGUAAGCAACUGGCUUCGUGGCAUCCCUGCUGAUAGCAACCUGAUAGAAAUUGACGACGAGUUAAACAAGAACAGUCUAGAGAUGGAGGCAGAAAAGAACGAGGAAAAGACAGAAGAAGGACAUGUAUGUGCUGAAGAAGGCCUAGCACAGGAAGAGGAGCAAGAUAAUGAAGGACAUUGUGCUUUAGGAAAGAGGGGUUCAAGCCCUGGACAAGACGUUGCAGAGAGGUUUACUGAAGUGGAGAGUCGGAAGAACUGGGAGUCCUCUGCUGCGGUCAUGAAGGUUCUUCUGAGUUCCUCACUGGGCCGGUGCCAGAGCUUGCCAGAGGUGUCGCCCGUAUAUGGCCGCAGAUUGAGUACUUCAGCUAAAGGGCUCCUGGACUGUUUGACCCAACUCCAGCUCAUCGAACCAGGAGUGGGCCAGUCUUACCAUCAGCGGAAAGGUUGUACCCAUCCAUGUGAAGACAUCAUGGUGAUCCUCCAAUCUUUGUGGCUCACAGAAACCAGAGACCCAGAGGGUUUAAUCAUCAGCACAGACCAGGCGUCACCACCGAGGUCCUCAUCAGGCGUUGGAAUGAGUAGUGGCUCAGGUGGGUCUGGAAAGGAAAACGAAACACCUCCAAAAGAGGAGGAAUCUUUGCCCAGGAAGAAGGAAAGAGUUGAUAAAAUGGAGUCAGGGGCUUUCUCAGAGUCUCUGGAAACCAAGGAGCCGGCGGUGAACCAGACUGACGGGGAUGAAUGCAUUGACAGCCAUCUGACAUCACAUAGUCACACUGACAAAGGAGCAGAGACUGUAGACAUCGGAUUGGAGGGCGCCUCAACUGUCCUGCGGCCACCCCUAUCCAAAAAGCUGUCCCAAGAUCCUGAUCCGGUGUGGGUCUUGCAUCUUCUGAAGAAGCUGGAGAAACAGUUCAUGAACCACUACACCGAAGCCAUGGCAGACUUCAAAGUUCGCUGGGACCUGGAUGACAGCUUGAUUCUGGACAAGAUGAUCACCGAGCUCAAGCAAGAAGUCAAACACCGUGUCCAGAGCAGCAUUGACCGGGAAAUGAAGAAGAUUCAGGGCCGGGCUGGCAGAGGUCAAAGGUUGCCCCGGCCGCCACAAGACAUGAAUCUGUCCCGAGAGUCGUCCAUGGCAGAGAAGAGGCGGCGUAUGUUGAAGGUGAUGAAGAACCAGUCUGUUAAAACCACAGACUCCCUCAGUGAUGGAGAGACGACUGUUGAUCUGAGCGACCAGCGAAGUGAAGACGAAUACUGCCCUUGUGAUGCUUGUGUCCGUAAAAAGAUGGAGGCCCGGCCUUUUAAGGUUAACCCCAUGGCAGUGGAUGCUCCUGUUCAGAUGGAGUUUGACCUCCUUAAAAUACUUCAGCUGAAGAAAGCCCCAGUGCCAGCUCCUCUGCCUGAUUCAUCGACUCCAGAAAAUGGAGGUGACACCAUGGUUGCACGUGAGGAGGGGAGAAAUUUGGAUAUUGUGGAAGAAGAGGAAGAGGAGGAGACGGAGACAGAAGAGGAAAAGGAUGAGCAGAAGAGUGAAACUAAAGAGGAUAUUGUCGCUGAGCUUGUAUUAGAGGAGACGAUCCUGGAGGAAGAUGAGGGAGAAGAAGCUGAUUUAACUGCAGAGGAAGAAAAGAGUAUUGAACAAGAGGAUGAAGAGGGAGCAGCAGUUGACGCGCCGCAAUGCCAGUGUGACAAUCAUGAGGUGAGCGAUGAAGAAGAUGUGGGGGAUACAGAAGCUGGUGGAGGCAGUGAUGGGGUAACUUGUGAGGGCGAGGAAGCAACUGAGGGCUGUGAAGGUGUGACAUCUGGAGAAGAAGUAGCAAAGAAUGAUGACAACGAAUCAACUGAAGGAGAGGAGGCUGUGGAGGGAGGCCAGAGUAGUUCAGCGAAGGAUGAAGAUGAAGAGGACGAUGACACUGCAGAAGGAGGAACUGAGCACCAGACAAACGGGUCUCACGAGGGCGAGGAAGAUGCUGAGGACACAAACGAGAGACGUCCAAGUGACCUGUGCGUCGACGAGUUUCGAGCCUCUGAGGCCGAUGAGCAGGACAAUCAGGGAGAUCGUGAUGACGAGGAGGGAGAAACGGACGAGACUGUUGAGGAUUUAAAAGCCGAUGAUGAACGAGUGGACAAGGAGGGGACUCUUCCUCACCAGUUCACCAGGACUUCCGUGGAGUCCCAGCCCGGCUCUCUGGAAGACCCUGACGUGGAUUUGGAUCCUCUGAGGACAUGUGACGGCACCAGGAAAGCUUCUGGUGGGUCAGUUGGGGUGCAGGACUGACAUGUCUUCGGUCGCCAGGUGGAGUGCAAAGAUGCAAACCUGAAGGUACUGACGAUGACAACUGACUUGGAGCCACAGCAAAGUCUGGAACACUGGAAGCACUUUAUUUUUUUCAUGUGGGCGUUGCUGAGGACAUUUUAACAAUCUAGUUUCUCCAACAUGACUAUUUCCUGACAUGUAAUUUGUACUGUUUUGUUUUGACAUUGUGCUGUACUCUGAACUCUCAAGUAUUCGUGGCACCUCUUAGUCACACAGAGGGCACGCAUAUGAAACACAUACCUCUACUUCGAUACAGUAAAACAGUGACUUCAUUCUUGUGUUGAACUGAUGUUAUACAGUCUGUCCAGGUCACUAAGUAAUUUAAUAAACAGUUCCUGUUUGGGGGAAAAAA